AUGUCGAUCGAGACGAAGCAACCUGUGACCCAAAUCAGACCUCUUCCAUAUGAGAACGAUCCGCCCGCUAUUGAUCUGUCUGCGGGCGCUAUCGUCGCAUCUCUCGUCCUCGUUGUGAACGUGGGCGUUCUUGUCUGGGUCCGACAUCGCUCCGGGGUUUCGAACGGGAUUUCAACCGUCUUCGAAGGCUCCUGCAUCGAAUCGAAAAAGGACACACUGUGGCCCGACCUCGCCAUCAACAUCAUGUCCACCCUGCUUCUUGGCGCCAGCAACAGUUGUGCGCAAUUGCUAUCCUCGCCUUCAAGACGAGAUAUUGAUAGAGCACACAUGAAGGGCAAAUCGCUCGAUAUUGGUGUUCCAAGUGUGGGUAACUUGGGACACAUAUGGUACUGGCGCGUGUGUUGGUGGGCUCUGCUAUUUCUAAGCUCGAUCCCACUACACCUGGUCUACAGCCCCGUGAUUUUCUCAACUAAAUCGUCGGUCGAUUGCCAAGCUGCAUUGGUUACACAAGACUUUCUCAAGGGAGCCGCAUGGAACGAUACGGAACUCGCCAAAAGCGUCAACGCAUGGAGCGGGCCAGGUACAGCCAAUUGCAUCCAAGCGUAUCAAAACUCAUUACAUGAAUCGUCUUGGAAGAAUCUACUGCUGGUCACGUCGGUCCCCAAUAACAGCAGCAUCAUCCAGGUGUUGACGCACAAAGCCGAGGACACCGACACUAGUGAAACUUGGAUACGACACGGCAAUUUGGGAAACUACGACAACUCGGGAAGCAACUGCGACUUCAACUAUUUGUUGGCCCACGCCUCUUUGUGGAAGAUCGAGGGCGUCUGUCGCGACACCUCGAACUCCGGCUCGUGCGGAAGCUCCUUUGACGCUCUGAUUCUCUACUGCCUCGCCGAGCAGUUCCCCGGAAAUUGCAGAAUCCAGGUCAGCACGACAUUGCCGACCAUCACCAUUCUUUUCAAUGCUGUCAAAGUUGUAUGUCUUCUGACCACCGCCUUCACUCACAGAUUCGAGCCGCUGGGAACCGUGGGCGACGCCAUCAGCUCAUUCCUAGAGCAGCCGCACAACAAGACCACCAACCUCGAUCCGGUGACCAAAUCCGUAGUCCAGAAGCAGUCCUGGAAGAAAGAUUGCAUCUCAGGAUCUCGAAACAAGUCUUUAACCUAUAAACGAAAACCUCACCGCUGGGCUCGAGCAGUGAGUGGAAGCCGGUGGUUCAUUUGCAUGGCCCUUCUGUAUCUGGGACCGCUCUUGUUGAGGAAGUUUCGAGCCCACCCAGUAGGGGUUUUCACAGUAGGCUGGGACCGCUCUUUAACAAAGAAAACUCACAGAUGCCUCGCGAUGUGGUUUGCGGGGCUCUAUCUAUACCUCACCGCAAGAAGCGGCAGAUUUACCCUCGGGAACUCGCUGAUCUCCAAUGUUCUCCUCGCAAACACGCCCCAGAUCGUCAUCAGUCUUGUCUACCUCUUCUAUAACAACGUAUUCACCUGCAUGGUAAUGGCGCACGAGUACGCGCGCUUCGCAUCGUCACCCGGCCUUACGGCGAGCAGCGAAGCACAUUCUGGCUGCAUCGUGCCCAUCAUGGUCAUCAUGGCAUUUGUGCACUGGUCGAUUUCGCGAAGUAUAUAUCUCGUACAACUGGAGAUUUAUGAUAACAACGGCGAACUAAUACCAGGUCGGUCCAUUAACGGAUGUGGGUACUCUCCGCCACCCAUUUUAUUGUCUCUGUGCCUCGGAGGUGCCAUGAUUCCAUUACCCCUAGGUCUUUCGGCUAGGAAAUUGGGCCCGGGGAUGCCGAUCGCGGGAUCGUGUUCCCUGGCCAUCAGCGCUCCUGCCCAUGCUGGCCAGGACGAGGUCGACGCCGCGGCUUGUCACUUACAGUACGGCGUCAUCUCGGAGGACGGUACUGGUGGUAGAGAUCGGCGGCAAGUGGGCUUUCCUUCGCGGCUUGUGGAGAAACCUGUUUCUGGCGAGACGUACGCCGUGAGGUGA